ACCCGCACACACCCGGACUUGGGCUGGAGCCGCCCUUGGUGACUGUCGGCGGCCUGGCUCCCGCGCACUACCCGACUGUCGCCCAGCCUCCGCACCUGCUGGACGGUGCGUCCAGAACUAAAGCCCUGACUCCGCUCUGACCGGGGAGGGUCAUGAUUUCCCUGCCCGCAUCUCCUGCCAAUACCUGGCCGCUGUCUUUGUUCCUGGGGCUCAGUAUUCUCGAGCUGGAUGAGCUGAGGCGAUAGAUGAGACACUGCCUAAAGAGCUUAAGGACUUAACUCCAGUCCGUCUGUGCCCCGACCCCACACACAAGCUGAUGCGAAGAUCCCAGGAGAAUGUCCCAGCCCUCGGGCUUGACACACGGACUUCACGGACUUCACCCUACCCCUCCAGGGCCCAGGUGAAGGUGCACACGCCUGCUGGCCUUACGAAGCUGCAGGCAGUGGAGGGAAGAGAUAUAGUGCUCCCAGCCUGGUACACUCUGGAAGGAGAGAAGCUUUCGGGCCAGCCAUGGGAAGUGCCCCUCCUGAUAUGGUUUCUGGAAGAAAAAGGGAAGAAGGAGCUAAAGCAGGUGCUGGCCUACAUCAAUGGGUCCGUGUCAGCCAAGCCUGGAGUAUCCCUGGUGUACUCCAUGCCCUCCCGGAAUGUGUCCCUGAGGCUGCAAGGCCUCCAGGAAAAAGACUCUGGCUCCUACAGCUGCUCUGUGAAUGUGCAGCACAAGGGCCAUGACAGCAAAACUGUGGAACUCAAUGUGCUGGUUCCUCCAGCAACUCCAUCCUGUGGUCUCCUGGGCGUGCCUCGGGUAGGGGCCAACGUGACCCUGAGCUGCCAGUCCCCAAGGAGUGACCCUUCAGCUCAUUACCAGUGGGAGCGGCUGCCCCCAGCGGCCCAGGUUUUCUUUGCACCAGUUUUAGAUAACAUCCGUGGGUCUUUAAAGCUCACCAACCUUUCCACUUCCAUGUCUGGUGUCUAUCUCUGCACAGCCCAAAAUGCAGUGGGCAGUGCCUACUGCAAUGUGACCCUGAAUGUAAUCACAGGGUCACGAGCUGCAAUGAUUGCUGGAGCAGUUGUGGGCACCCUGGUCGGAUUGGUGCUGCUGGUUGGGCUGGUCCUGUUGUAUGAGCGCCAGCGCCAGGGCAAGGUCCUGGAGGAUGCGCCCAAUGACAUCAAGGAGGAUGCCACUGCUCCAAGGACCCUGGCCUGGUCCAAGGGCUCAGACACGAUCUCCAAGAAUGGAACUCUUUCCUCGGUGACCUCAGCACGGGCCCUCCGGCUGUCUCAUGCCUCUCCCAAGCCUGGCACGAUUACCCCUGUGCCUCGAGUGUCUACUCAGCCCCACCCCUCACCAGGACUACCCAAGACAGAUGGGACUGACCCUCAGCCAUUGUCCUUCAGCCCUGGUGGGCUUUCUCACUCUGCUCUGAGGCGCAUGGGUGCAGUAAAUGUGAUGCUACCUUCCCAGACGCAGGAUGGGUCUCUGGUGUGAGAGCCCAGGCACUCACCACAGUGUCUCACCUUCCUGAAAGGGUCAGCCCUAGAGCACAGACCUGAGCCCGGGGAGGGUAGCCACACUCCAGCCCUCCUGUCCUCUGACCUCAUCUUUUUUAACUGUGGGAAGACUGGGUCUUAGUAAGACCCAAAUGUCCAGGAGGUCACAGAAGUAUUGAACCUGGGUGUGGGGCGGGGGAGGGGGGAGGAGGCUGCACUCCUCCUCAUGAAGCCAGCUGAAUCCUGCUGAGAUUGCCUGACCUCCAAGGGCCCUGGAGAAGGCUGCUGGUUCAAUGAGCUCCCCGGCCUUCUAGGAUCUGUACCCCACCCAUGUCUAAUGUCGUCCUUUACUGUCUCUCCAGCUCCUUGCAUUAAUGUCCAGCUGGCCCUCUUGGAUUUCUUGGGACAGAGGAUAGGAAAGGCAUUUUUAAAACUAA